AUGCAAUAUUCAAUUAAGAUUAUUGGCCUGGCAGGAGCUUUACUUCUUACGAAAGGAAUAUCGUAUUUGGACGCCGAACCGUGUGAAAGAUACCCACCCGAUUACAUUUAUGAUCGCAAUGGGGAAAUAGAAUCACCGAGGAAUGAUAGUGAAUGUGGAGGGUGGAAUUAUUGUCGUUGGCUAUUUCAUUUUCCCCUUCACGAGCAGACUAUAUUCAAAAUGACUUUUACGUCAAACCAAACCCCAAAAGAAAGAGGCCUGAUAAGGGUUUAUAGUUUGCUCCCCGGAACUGGAAUAUUACCUGGUUUUUCCUGGUAUGGCUUCAACCCAGACUCUGAUCAAACAUGUUGGAUCGGUUAUACCUUCGAUAUCUGCUUGAACGAAACAAAGAAGCUUAAAUGCGAAACUAGAAACUGGUUGUCCAAUGUAAAUGGUUCAAUGGUCAUAUUUGAAUGCCAACCUUUCAAAUUACAAUUCAAACUGUCCUAUGAAUACAUUGACUGUAAAACAGGAAAGAGUAGUCGUACCUCUCCAACCACUACAUCCCCGGGUAAAACCAGCCAAUCACCAGUAAUUACUUCAUCAAUCACACAGGAAAACAAACAUAAAAACCACACUGACCAGUCAGAAGAUUCAUCAUCUCGGAGUACCACGUCGUUGCAAACAGUACACCAAUCACCAAGAACUUCUGCACCAACUACCAAUAAAGGUGAAAACACCAGCGAUCAAUCAGAAUCUUCUUCUUCCGUGAAAACUACUCCUCAACAAUCACUUGGUUCAACUUCUGCUAUGCUUCCACAAGCAAGUAUUCAAGUGUCUACGAUUUCUGCGUCAACUCAACAGCAGAAUGCUGAGUCUACUGAAUUGAAAGCUAAACUUGUUUCUAUCUCUCUUAUGACAAUUGCAAUAGUCUCUGGAAGCAUAGUAGCAGUUAUAGUGAUAGCAGGAGUAAUUGGAGUCUGGAUCUAUAGGAAAAGAAGACUUCAACAUCGAGAAGAAAGCAUUCCAGUGCAUUAUCGGAAACGUCCGUUACCCACACCUCCCCCGGUGUACGAAGAGAUAGGCAUUUCCCGGGGAAUAAUACAACAAACCGAACCAUCUGGCGAUCAUAAGGAUGAUUAUCGCAGACCAUCGUCUGAAGCUAAAAUGGGGUCACAAAUCAAUAAAUAUCUUACAGCGAUGUACUCAAGAGAAAAUCGUCAAGAAGGCAAUGUCAACGAUGGAUAUGAAAAUAAUGGUUUUAUUACAGAACCAGAAUUUACUGCUCCAGUUGACACUCCACCUAAUGGAUAUCUGGAACCAAUGUCGCACACGAGCCUUUCUCGCCAUGAGGUUGUAUACGAAGUUACAUAUGUCGAUGGUGAUUUUACUGAUCCAGAUUAUAUUUAUCCGGAAACUGUCCCAUCACGCAGAAUCCAAUAA